AUGCACUUGCCCUCAGUCUUAGCUCUCUUUUCUGUUGGCGCGGCAGUUCUGGCUAUACCUUUGAGCGGCCCUAGCGUCAAUCUCGAUGUUGCUCGUCGUGCGCCAGAAGAGACGACCAUCGAUUUCGACAAACGUGAAGAAACUACCAUUGAUUUCGACAAACGCGAGGAGACCACUAUCGAUUUCGACAAGCGCGAGGAGACCACUAUUGACUUCGACAAGCGCGAGGAAACCACCAUCGAUUUUGACAAGCGCGAGGAAACCACCAUUGACUUCGACAAACGCGAGGAGACCACUAUCGACUUUGACUAA